AUGAGCUCCUCCCGGCCGGCGAUCAAAUCGCCAGAGAUAGAGUCGCUUCAGCUAAACCCAGCCCUUUGGCCCGCCCUCUUCUACGCCUACAACUUUGCCUACGACAAGUACAUCGGCUCUGAGGAGUGGACCUUUAUCUACUGCGUCAUCGUCUUCGGUGGUCAUCUCCUCAGCUUCCUCGCCACUCGCUGGAGCAACAAUGUCCGCGCCGUCCUCUGCUACCGUCCCGCCAGCUCGCUCGACACGGCGUCCACCGUCCGCGUCAUCCCUAAGAAGGGCAAGGGCAAGGGCGAGUUUGUUCCCCUCGACAAGCAGCCGACCCCCGGCGCCGAGACGAGCACCCGCUACAGCUUCAUCUACCAGCGCGACACCUACGUCUUCAACCAGGACGUCAAGGAGUUUGAGCGCAUUCCGUACCCUUGCGACAGCAACCCGCCCCUCAGUGUCUUCCAGAACUCGCGCGGCAUCGUGACCCACGGCACCAGCACCAAGGCGCCGUCCUACGACUACCUCAAGGCCAUGUACGGCCCGAACGAGUGUCACAUUCCCAUCCCAAAGUUCACCGAGCUCUUCGCCGAGCACGCUGUCGCCCCCUUCUUCGUCUUCCAGAUGUUCUGUGUCGCCCUUUGGUGUCUCGACGAGUACUGGUACUACUCGCUGUUCACCGCCUUCAUGCUCGUCGUCUUCGAGUGCACCGUCGUCUUCCAGCGCGUCCGCACUCUCACCGAGUUCCGCACCAUGAGCAUCACUCCUUUCCCCCUCAUGGUCUUCCGCGACGGCAAGUGGAAGGAGGUCAUCUCCUCUGACCUCGUUCCCGGAGACAUGGUGUCGAUCACCCGCACCAAGCCCGACUCUGGCAUUCCUUGCGACCUGCUCCUUCUCCGCGGAACUUGUAUCGUGAACGAGGCCAUGCUCUCAGGAGAGUCCACUCCUCUCCUGAAGGAGAGCGUUGAGCUUCGCGACCCUGCCGACAGGCUCGAUAUCAACGGGUCUGACCGCAACGAGGUCCUCUUCUCUGGAACUAAGGCCCUGCAGGUUUCGCCUGGCGACGAUGGCGGUAUCAAGACCCCGGAUGGCGGCUGUCUCGCCGUCGUCUUGCGCACCGGUUUCGGCACGACCCAGGGCCAGCUCGUCCGCACCAUGAUCUUCUCGACCGAGCGUGUCUCCGCCAACAACUUCGAGUCCUUCCUCUUCAUUCUGUUCCUGCUUAUCUUCGCCAUUGCCGCGUCCUGGUACGUCUGGACCCGCGGUCUCGAGCGCGGCAUGGCCAAGGGCAAGCUCCUCCUCGACUGUGUUCUCAUCAUCACCUCGGUCGUCCCGCCCGAGCUCCCCAUGGAGCUCUCGCUUGCCGUCAACACUUCGCUCGUCACCCUCCAAAAGUUCGCCAUCUUCUGUACCGAGCCGUUCCGCAUUCCCUUCGCCGGCAACGUCGAUGUUUGUUGCUUCGACAAGACUGGUACCAUUACUGGCGAGAACCUCGUCGUUGAGGGUGUCUGCGGUGUUGACCCCAAGGACCCCGAGCGUCUCGAGGACGUCAAGGUCGUCGGCAAGGAGACCACCCUUGCUCUCGCCGGUGCGCACUCGCUCGUUCUCCUCGACGACGGCACUAUCGUUGGUGACCCCAUGGAGCGCACCACUCUUGACGCUCUCAACUGGAAGCUCUCCAAGGGUGACAAUGUCUCGCCCAACGAGACGAACGCCACUCACGACUACCAGCUGACCAUCCGCCGCCGCUUCCAGUUCUCGUCUGCCCUCAAGCGCAUGUCGACCAUUGCCUCUGUCACCGACAAGUCUGGCCGCAAGUGGAUUGCUACCGUCAAGGGUGCCCCCGAGACCCUCAAGUCGAUGUACACCAACGUUCCCGACUUUUACGAGGAGACUUACCGCUACUACACUCGCCGCGGAUCGCGUGUUCUCGCUCUCGGUGUUAAGCAGAUGGCCCUUACUCCUGACAAGAUCAACUCUGUUACCCGUGAUGAGGUCGAGUCCAACCUCGAGUUUGCCGGCUUCCUCGUCUUCCACUGCCCUCUCAAGCCCGACGCCGUUGAGACCCUCAAGAUGCUCGCCGACUCGUCCCACCGCUGCAUCAUGAUCACUGGUGACAACCCGCUCACGGCUAUCCAUGUCGCUCGCGAGGUUGAGAUUGUCGACCGUGAUUGCAUGAUUCUCGACCUGAAGGAGGGCUCGUCCGACCAGCUCGUCUGGCGCAACGUUGACGAGACCAAGAUUAUUCCCGUCAACCCCGAGGAGCCGCUCGACCAGGACAUUCUCCGCGACUACGACAUCUGUAUCACCGGCCCUACCGUUCGUGCCUUUGAGCACCGCCCGGAGCAGUGGAAGGACCUCGUCACCCACACUUGGGUCUACGCUCGUGUCUCCCCCUCGCAGAAGGAGUUCAUUGUUGGCACUCUCCGUGAGCUCGGCUACACCACCCUCAUGGCUGGUGACGGAACCAACGAUGUCGGUGCCCUCAAGCAGGCUCACGUCGGUGUCGCCCUUCUCGACGGAACCGAGGACGACCUCAAGGCUAUCGCUGAGCACCAGCGCAACGAGCGCCUCAAAAAGGUCUACGAGCAGCAGUGCAAGAUCUCGGCCCGCUUCAACCAGCCUCCUCCUCCCGUUCCUCCCCAGCUCCGCGAACUCUACCCCGAGCUCGUCCAGACUCAGCAGGAGGUCGCUUCCACCCACCAGAGCGCCAAGAAGCAGAACCCCAUGGAGAAGUUUGACCUGACGACCAUCACCUCGAAGCUCGCCGACCUGGACGACGGCCAGGAGGUUCCCCAGAUCAAGCUCGGUGACGCCUCGUGUGCCGCUCCCUUCACUUCAAAGCUUGCCAACGUCAAAGCGAUCUCGAACGUCAUUCGCCAGGGUCGCUGCACGCUCGUCGCCACGAUUCAGAUGUACAAGAUUCUCGCGCUCAACUGUCUCAUCACCGCCUGGUCGCUCUCGGUCCAGUACCUUGACGGCAUCAAGUUUGGCGACUACCAGGUCACCAUCACCGGUAUGCUGAUGAGCGUGUGCUUCCUGUGCAUCUCGCGUGCCAAGCCCGUGGAGAAGCUCUCGCGUGAGCGUCCCCUCGGCAACAUCUUCAACCUCUACGUCCUGCUUUCCGUCCUUCUCCAGUUCGGUGUCCACAUCGUUGCCCUCGUUUACAUCACUGGCCUCUGCAAGUCGAUCGAGGACCGCGGCAUCAUCGACCUUGAGAAGAAGUUUGAGCCUACUCUCCUGAACACUGCGAUCUACCUCCUUGGUCUGUCGCAGCAGGUCUCGACCUUUGUCCUCAACUUCCAGGGUCGCCCCUUCCGUGAGGGUAUCAAGGAGAACAAGCCCCUCUACUACGGACUCGCCGGUGCCUCGCUCGUCGCGUACUCGGGCGCCCUCGACCUCUUCCCCGACCUCAACUCGUGGCUUCAGCUCGUCCCCAUGGCGUGGUCGUUCCGCUGGCGCCUCGCCGGCGCCAUGGUUGCCGACUUUGCGCUCUGCUUCCUCGUCGAGCGUGCGUGCAAGGCUCUCUUCGCCAACCUCGAGCCCGCUGAGCUGGUCACCCGCGGCCGUGAGCGUCGCGAGGCCCGCCGCGCGAUCGAGGAGAAGGAGGCUGCGCAGAAGCAGCUUCCCGAGAUCGAGGAGGUUGUGACCAUUGAGGAGAAGAAGGUGCAGUAG